AUGACCACACCUCAAUUUGUUCAGCUGAAAAACUCUCAUCCCGGAGCAAAGGGUUUCUUUUCCGCGAGCCACACAGGAAGAUUAAGCUUUAUUUGA